AGUGCGUGAGCGCGGAUUCACCAUGAGACCUCAAGAAGUAUAGGUCACGAUGGGUGUCUAAGUUAAGUCGUGGCCUCCAGCUGUCUUUCUCCAAGUCUACCUUCAGUUUCUUUCUACGGUUUUGUUACAGGCGUUGCUUCUUUCACCCUUUAUCAUGUCCUUCUUACGUACAAUAUUGCGACAUGCGCAUACGAAAUUUCCUACGGCCAAUUCUCCACAUCGGAACUCGACUACAACAAUUCGCAGAUUUCGCGCAUCGGCGAUAAGAUCCAGAUCAAAUGACUAUGGAGUUCGAGUCACUCGUAUGGCAUUGAAGCCUGCCUUCUCCUGGCAGAUUGGAACAUUAAUCGUUGCGUCCAUCACGGCCGGGAUAUAUACAAUCUAUGAACAGCCAGCCGUGCGAUGCGAUGCUGCCGCGGCAGCUUUGAAGCAGCCCCACCACUUGAUCUCGUUUGAAGAAGUACAAAAGCAUGUUUCAGAAGACGACUGUUGGAUUGUGAUAGAUGGCCUGGUGUACGAUAUGACAGAGUUUUUGGAAGCGCAUCCAGGAGGUCGAGCAGCGAUAUUGCAGCAGGCAGGUAAAGACGCCAGUGCUAGAUUCACCCUCCUACAUCCACCCGAUGCGAUAGGGACGCUGCCCUCGGAAUACUGUUUAGGGCGCGUUGAUCCAGCGACUCUUCCAGGGAUAGAGGAACAGGAGCUUACCGCCGAUGAAACACGACAGGCUGAGGCACGAGAGGAGAUGCCUGCAGCAUCGAGUAUGCUCCUUGUUUCAGACUUUGAAUACUGGGCCGAGCGCGUACUCAGCACAACAGCUUGGGCCUACUAUCGCAGCGCGGCCGAUGAGGAAGCAACUUUCUUCGACAACCGUGAUGCCUGGCGGAGAUACUUUUUCCGCCCAAGGAUUUUGCGAGAUACAUCGCACGGCUCGACUGCAACAACGUUUGUAGGGAUACCAACAUCGGUGCCGAUCUUCAUCGCCCCUGCAGCAAUGGCCAAGCUGGGACAUCCCCUUGGAGAAAUCAAUUUGACAAAAGCAGCCGGAAGCCACGGCAUCGUCCAGGCGAUUUCUGCCAAUGCGAGUUGUGGCUUGGAAGAGAUGUUUAACGCAAGGCUGGAAGGUCAACCACUGAUCUUCCAACUCUAUCUCAACAAAGACCGAUCCGCGUCAUCUGCGUUGGUCGAGCGCGUCACGAAACUUGGUGCCAGCGCCAUCAUAGUAACGGUAGAUGUCUGUUGGCAGUCGAAGCGAACACUCGACGUGAGAGAGAAGUUGAAAGAGGUCGUCGACAUCCCCUCGCCAAAGUCGAUAGCUGUACCACAGGGUGGCCAAAAGGAGAAGAGUGUUUCGGAGCAGAUCAGUGGGUAUCAAGCCACAAAUCUGACGUGGGAUGAUAUUGGAUUUGUGAGGAAGCACACGCACUUACCAAUCAUCAUUAAAGGCGUUCAGUCUGUUGAGGAUGUGCAGCUCUGCGUUGAACACGGUGCUCAGGGUGUUAUUCUCUCUAACCAUGGUGGUCGACAGGCGGACUAUGCCCCAGCGCCCAUCGAUGUUCUCUAUGAGCUCCGAGAAUUGCGUCCAGACCUAUUCUCUAAGAUUGAGAUCAUGAUCGAUGGCGGUGUGCGCAGCGGUGCGGAUGUUGUAAAAGCCCUGGCUUUGGGUGCCAAAGCGGUCGGUAUUGGUAGGCCAAUAUUGUACGCAAACGGCACUCAUGGCGAAGAUGGGGUCUCAAGGGUAUUGCAGAUCUUCCAGGAAGAGAUCACAAAUACGAUGCGGAACAUAGGCGCAAACACAGUGGCAGAUCUGAGACCCGAAAUGGUGGGACCUGUCGGGCCAUGGGUAGGGAGGAAUCGCCCCUCGUAUGUGCCAGGUCCCAAAGACGCACGAUAAGGGGACAGAACGAAAGAAAAAAGAAGUUUGGGAGGCCCGCUUCUAUUCGACCAUUGAUUAAUGCUAGCAAUUUUUUGGACAAGUGCGUAUUUGUAUUUGUGCCGGCAAGGUAUUAGCCAAGCCGUUGAGGGAAGAAUCUCAGGCCAGCGUCAUCGCAUGAACAUCCGAGGAGUUGUGAUGGAUAUUCGUAACGUUCAAUGUGCAUGUGCAAGUGAUCGUCGUUGUAAUAGCAUAUGAGGUUACUUGAUGAUGAACUUUCUAGGCGGUGUUACAACUAUGAACGUACAAACCAUGCUCAGUGCAUCAGACAUGCUGCGGUAGGCGAGAUGUAAAGAGAGCAAAAAAGAGCUAAUUACAUACAACAGUGGGGAUUCCCCAGUGGUCACCCACCUGAGUACUAAUCCACCGGUACGUUGCUUAAAUAGGGCUGAGCGAACGGGAAGCCUUGUUUUCAACGUCCU